AUGGCAUCCGUAAUAGUCGUUGACAAUGACUUGAAAGACUCAAUUCAGGAAUAUGCACAAAUUAUAGAUGGAGUCACGGGAACUUCCGAGUUUAGCAAAAGUAUCGACUCCCAUAUACCCAAGACCCUCGACCAACAGCUUUCCAACAAGCCCGAGUUGUUUAACAAGAUUCAAAAAGUGUCGACCGCUGAAAACUUGAGGAAAUUAACCGACAAGGAGUUUGAGCCCACCAUAUAUCUAUUAAUCCACAUAUUAUCGGCGUUGACUUCAACCGACUCAGUCUUGAAUAAUGCGCAAUCUCCCAUCUACCAUUUAAUCCUCACCAUCAACCCAACACAGCCGCUUUCGUUGAGAGAUAGAAAGUCGAUCAAGUCCUCGACCGUGUUGUCGAUACUAAGCACGAUAUUCAACUUGUUGCCCAAGGACUCCAAGGUGAGAAUCUAUGUCGUGCAGGAGAUUUUAAAGGUGAUCAAGACUUCAGGGGUGGAGUUUCUGAGUAUACAGGACAAUGUCGGCUCCAACCUUGUAAACUGGUUGAAUUUGAGCAACGCCCAGGAGUCUGAAAUCAAGUCGAUAUUCUGGGACUUUAUCGCUUUGGACCCUUUAUACUCGCUCACGUCAUUGAAAUUGAUUAAAGACUUCACACAUAGAUACACUGUUGCAGAGCAAGAAUUGGCGAAAUUGAUUGAGUUUGCAUUGCGUUCCAAAGUCGUUGACGUUUCGUUCUUGGUCAAUAACAAUGUCGCUAAAGCAUUACACGCAUCGUCUACGACUGGCUUGUCGCAGUUGUUCUUGAAGUACGUCAAGGGCGAAACGAUUCAAGCUCAAGGCGUUCCCUCGGACUUGCCUCAAGAGUUUAUCCAUCAGAAAUCGAGGAUCUUGAGCUUGGCCAAGUUUUUCGCUGACUCAAAGCAAUCGUCAAGCCACGACGACAUUGUUUUCAGCUACAAGGAGAUUCCCCUUGUAUCAAGCCAUUUGGAGUUUGAGAAGUUGUUAGUUGAAGCCAUCAAAGCGGGUGUUGUCGAAGGGAAAUUGAACCAAAUCGAUGAAACUUUCAGCUUGAGCAGGGUCAAUAGAUUCAUCAUUGCCGGCGACGACGCUGUCAUUGCUCAAGAGUGGGAAAAUGUCAAGGUUGCGUUACAACAGUGGUCACAGUCCAUAAGCAACAUUGAUGAAAUUGUCAGACAAACAAGAGAAAACAUCGUUAAUGGUGGUGCCAAUUAG